GGCUUGGUCGAUGUUCACUUACCCAGUCCACUGGGCUUGGUCGAUGUUUGCUGUACCGGCCCAAAGUAAGGGUUGCUGAAAAUUGACAAUCACACAACUCACAAGUCAGCCCAAUGCCCGUUUGGCGAAUUAAUCGUAGUAUGUUUGGGAGUUAGGGUUCCCUGAAGUAGAGAUCAGAGAGACAUGGAGGAGUGGUCGGAUCGGAGAUGAGACAAUGGUUUCCAGCUUGGUGGGAGUUUGGAGUAGAGGAAGAGGCUGAGAAUAGGAAUGAUAAUUACGGGUAAAAUAUUCUAAACCCAAGUAGAUCUAUUGAUUAUGGAUUUGAUAAGAGUAGUGGAGGAGUUAUAAAUUUAAAUAAAGGAGGGUUGACUUGCAUUCUCGUUAUUGGGGGAGGGGGACUAAAAUCUUACUGACUAUUCGAAUUCGUAAUUUACAUGUAAUUAUACAUGCAUUUCAAAGUUGGGGAGGCUCCAACCCCUCUUUUCGACAGAGUAGGAUAUUACUUCCAUAAUCUAAACGUGUAUGAGUUGGGUAUGAAUACCUUAUACUUGAGGGUGUUUUAACUACACAUACCAAAAUUAGACCUAUUUGUAAAACUUAAAAAGUUUAUGUUCCAAAAUGUAAUGCGCCCAAAUUAUAUUUUGCAAAUGGGUAUGGGUACAAACUCAAAUCCAUGGAUUAAAAAUCCAAUCGAACUCAAAUAAAUGGAAUGAAUACGAACCCAUCAAAUUCUAUCUAUUUACCAUCUAUUUAUGAGGCUCCAAUGACCAUAGAUCGAAUCUAUCCAAUUUUUACAGUGCGCUGAUUGGCUUGAAUUUCAUACUCAACCCAAUUGGGUCGGAUAGUAACAUACCAAUGAGUAUGAGCAAAAUUGUCAUCUCUAGUUAAGAAUUGUUAAAGUUGGAACAAACACAGAAAAAGAAGGAUUUCAAAAUAACUUAGGAGAGUCAGGUAGUUUUAAAUCCUUCAUUUGCACGUUUUAGAAAAAUGUUAUGGACAAAAUCACUAAUUUUUAUUAGCAUAGCCAAACACAAAAAUAUAAUGAAAAUUGAGAGUUUGAGGAAUUAUGCACUACAAACCCAUCCAAACUACCCGUAGGAGAACUUGGUUGUUCUUCUGGGUAUUUAUUUUGGAUUUUGAAGCUUUUUCUUUUGUCUUCUCUGAUCUGCUUGUUUAGGGUUGGACUGAUAUAUUGUUGUAUGAGUUCCUCAAUUCUUUAGCCAACCUUUGUGUUCUUCGUUACACUUUGAUCUAACUCUGUAACACUUUCCUAUUUCUUAAAGAAAUCACACAUCAUGAAAAAAAAUCUAAAAUCAUUGAGAAAAUCUUAAGAAAGCAGCUCUUUGCAAUUUUAUAGACAGAGGUACUAUUGCUCUCAAAAGGCGAAGUGAACAAAGGGCUCUAUUUGAGGCUUCCACAUGACACUUCUUCUCUUCAUACAUGCGUCACCCAUGACGUGGAUGCAAAUCCAUUCCUUGGCUGAUAAUUAGAUGUUAACCACAUAAAAAAUUAAUCAUAAUCAAAUAUAUAUGAUAAAUGCUAGCAUACUAGUGAUAAGAUUAAUCAUAAUCAAUAUGAUAAAUGCUAGCAUACUAGUGAUAUUUUCCAAUAAUAGCAGUACUAGUACUUAACUUUAAACAGAAUAAUUAGGAAGAAAAGUACACAUUCCUAUUUCCCACAUCUGUCUAAUCAAAGCCUAAUUGUAUGUAUUUAUUUGAUUUCCAUAUUAAAGCUUAUAUAUAUAUAUAUAUAUAUAUAUAUAUAUAUAUAUAUAUAUAUAUAUUUAUUUAUUUAUGUCCAGGAAUCUCUUGUCUUAUUUGAUGUUAAUAAAAAAAUCAGGGACGAAAACUUUUAGCAAUGGCUUCCAACUUUUUAACAACUUUCUUUCAAAUUAAGCAGUUUUUUAUUUCAUAACUUUUCAUUUUUUUAAGGAAAAAAAUAGUUUAUGAUAGGAUCUAAUUGUCAUAUAAUUAUUAUAUAUAUUAAUGGCUGAAGAUUUUAACAAACUUCCCAAUCUUUGCAGUUUUCAAUUGAAAAAGAAACGAUCUCAAUCAAUGAAGAUAAAGAGAAUUGGAGAACGUAUUUAACUAUAUGUGAUACUAGAUGGAGAUGCCGCGUCAUGUUGCGGGGCGGAAAUGGUCAAUGGAUAUGUAUUAUGUGGCUUGUUAUGUUGUUUUGUUAUUAUUAUUAGCCUAAAAUUAAUAUUUGUUAACAGUUUUGUUAGUAAUAUUGACUUGAAAAUAUGAUAUUGAGUGAGAAGAGAUAUACGACGGUCAACAAUUAAUUUAAAAUUUUUGAAAAUUUUGGCUAACAAAUGAUAUUUACCUGAACCCAAGUAGACCCAUUGAUUAUGGAAAGGGUAUGAGUGACGUAUAUAUGAGGUUUGAAGUUUGUAGAUGAGGUUGGGUAGGGUAUGUAUAUUUAAUUUCAUAAUCUAAAUGUGUAUGAUUUGGGUAUAGAUACCCAUUUAUUUGAGGGUGUUUUAAUUACACAUACAAAAAUUAGGCAUAUUUAUAGAACUUCAAAAGUUCAAGUACUAAAAUGUAAUACACUAAAAUUUUAGGUACUAAAUUAUAAUGUUCCAUCAAUAUUUUGAGGACUUAUAUGCCGAAAAAAUUAGGUUAUAAAUCUAAAGAUCUAUUAAGUUUAGGUACCCAAUUGUAAUUUGCAUAGUUGAGACUUAAUUCCUUUUAUGGUGAUGUAUUUAGGAUGAUAAUUAUUUACUAUUUAUUUGAUAUGUAUAAAUGUUGAAAAUUUCAUGUAUAAUAUUGAAAAUUCUUGCCCGGGUGAAAAAGAAAAAUUCUAGAGAGAAGCAAAAGGAAUAUAAACCGAAACUCGCUUAAAAUUUCACGCCUUCAAAUCUCGUAGUGCAAAAUGACGAAUUUCUAAUAAGUAAUAACCACAUAUAUAUUUUUUAAUUGAACUCGACAUUGAUGGUUCAAUUAUUAAUUCUCUAGAUUGUUGGUCAACCGUGUAUGGACUUGUUCAUACUUGUGAUUAGAAUACAUAAAAUACUAUACUAAUUAGGGUUAGAUGAAGAAGACAAAGAAAGAAAUAAUGAAAGGGUUAUGGAAGGCGAGUGAAUAAUGAAAGGAAGAGGAAGUAGAUAGUAGAAAGGUUUUGACCAAUUCUUUUAGUUGGCCAUCAAUACAACAGUCAACCAUUUUCAUCAUACCAAUUUAUUGAAACUUGCUUAUGUAGAUGUCGCAUAUUUUGUUACAUGUAUUUAGUAGAAGUUUUUUUAGUACCCCGUAAAUAUACUAAAUUAGUUUAUAAAUUCGUUCUUGCAAUAUUUUAGAAUCGUCUAUCUUUUUAUCAUUUUUUAAUGUUUCACGUAAUGAACAAAUAUAAAAUGGUUGAAUCUUCUCCUACAAUUGAGUGAUACAAUAUCUUGUAUGAUACAAACUAUAUUUAUACUUUUAUGUUAUGGGCGAUUGCAUUCAUGGAUUGGUUCACAAGGAUUAGCGGAUUGGAUUCAUGGAUUCAAGUGAAAUAUAAACAUUGGACCAGUAUGUGAAUAUCAAAAUUGUAGGUACGGAAAUCUCAUAAAAAUUAGAUACCAAACAUAAUUGUUCAAUAAUUUUACACUAAAAUUAAAUUUAGGGUAUCAAAAUGUAAAAUAUACAUUAUAAUGACUAAGUUGUAGUUUAAUAAAAUUUGAGGUAUCAAAAUAGCAUAUUUUUAGACAACAAUAACUAUUCUUCAGCAUUCAACGAAAAAAAAACCAUACUUCAGCUUUAUAUAUAUUAAUAUGUUUCAAUAUUGGAGUAAAUUGCAUGUAAGUGGUGGGAAUAAUAAGAAAGUGUAAAAUUCCAUUGCCUUAGAGUAAUUAUUUGUUCUCUGCUUUACUACACAAGUCAAUGCAGGAUCAACUUUGUGACGUCAACUCGUCAAACACAGUCACAAAUUUAGAUAAAUGAAUCCAACGUAAAAAAAAAAAAAAAAGCAUAACAUAAUUUAUACUGAUAUGUUAAAACACACAUUUGAAGUCAUAUAAACAUUACAAGACAUCCUUCAAUGUGUUGGUGGAAAUUCAAAAUUUUGGUUUUUUUAUGAGGAGGUCCUAGUUUUGAUUCUAACUAUUGGAAAGCCCUUAUAUGCAGUGGCGGAUCUAGAAAUUUUUAACAGGGUGUCCUCUUCCAAAAGAAAUAAAAUAAAAUAAAUAAUUCAUAAAUAAAAAAAUAUCGAACUAGUACAAAUUUUAACAUAAGUCCACGACGUGUUUUUAUUUUCUGAAAAAGAAUAACAAAUAGGCUUGGUAAAUUGCUCAACAAAUCUGUAUAUCCCACUAGACAAUAGUUCACGAACUGAUCGCAUAUGGAUUUCUAACCUUGUUAUUGAUGUAACUCAAAGUUGAGACUCUUUCAACACUUGUUGUGUAACCAUAAAAUCAAUUCAAAUUAAGGGCUUAUUAAGGGUAGCUCGUAAUUAGUUUAAUUGUUAGGUUUUGGAAAUAGUUGGGGAUAAGGAAUAAAUUUUUACUAUUAUGUAGUGUUUAAAAUAGAACAACAUCAAGACUGGGCGCUGCUUAGGGUUGGGCCGGCCUGUAGUGGCCCAAAUGUUAAGGUCCAGACUGUUACCUUUACCUUGUGUGUUUAAUUUUUUUGGGCAAAGCCCAGCACUAUGUUCUCUAUUUUGGCAUGUUCAUAGUCCGAUUUUGGAAAAUAGUCUGAUUAAGAAAGAACUAGUUGAUUCUAAACAAAUUCCUACUCCUUUGUGGCAGGUGACUACAAUGGCUCGUGUGGCGGAAAAUCAAGUGGUUGAAUUUUCACUCGAUGAAGUGCAAUCUGUGAAAUUCCGAACUUCGAGGACUCUCUUGGGGAGACUUUUUUCGGAAACCAUUUUCACUGCUAAUGAAUUGAGGGAGGGCCUGCUUGAUGUUUGGCGGGUGCAAGGAAACCUUCGGGUAUCGGUCACGAAAUUUGGGCUUUUUGAAAUUAUUCUCCCAAGUGAUGAGAUGCGGGUUUGGCUGCUAAAAAGAUCGCCAUGGAUUAUUAAGGACAGGAUUCUACAUCUUCGGUCCUGGACGUCCGCUAUCACAAGGCCUGUUUUUGAUGAUUUGGCCAUUGCUCCUUUCCGUGUGCAGCUAUGGAAUGUAAAAGAAGACUGUUGCACGGCGCAGUUUGGCCGGAAAGUGGCAGCGGGGAUGAUUGGUCAAAUCUUGGAGUCUGAUGUCUUUGCGGCCAAAGACUCUGAGGAACGCUUUGUGAAGGUGCAUGCUUUAAUUGACUUUGCCAAGCCUUUGAGGUCUCAGUUUGUGGCGGCUAGUGAAGAGAUUGGUCGAUUCUGGGUACAUCUCAAAUACGAGUUUUUGCCAACCUUCUGCUACCACUGUGGUCGAGUAGGGCAUUCAAAGCCGGAGUGUGUUUUUGGGCCCCCUUCUGGCCAGGAACGGUUUGGGCCGCACAUGUCUACUCGGAAGCCGGGAAGGAAGAUUUACAGGGAGGAUGAAGAAUACCUUCAGUUUCGUAAUGCCAGCAGAUCAGUGUGGGUGAAUAAGAAUACUCAUUUUCCCAAGGAUGGGAAGGAGAAGGCUGCUAGCAGAGACCUGGGCACUGAUACCCGCCCUCUUUCCCAGGCGGCGUCUCAUCCUGCCCCAAGAGGGUCGGAAACUCAAAAGAAGAGAGUGGUACAGAAUAGGCAGCAGGCCCCUGCUAAAACAUCCUUUGGGGGUCGGGCUAGUCCCCAGCAUUUGGUCGUUAAGAAAUCUCCUCGGGUUAAGAUUGCUGGAAAUAUUCGACACCAUCAGAAGAAGGCGUCACCCAGGAAGGUGGUAUCACCUCCUCGACAGGGCACUAAGGUGCGCCGGCAGCCUAGCCGGCGGGCCAAGCAGACUGAGCAAUGCCAGCAGGUAGCGGGGCAAAUGGCGGAAGCUUUCGAGCAAUCAAGGAGGCGCAGGCUGAUAUUACAGGAGGAAUCUGAGGAGGAAGAGGAGGAGAUUAUGGUGGGUGGAAGUAGUCCCUCUAUGAAGCAGCGUACCCCUGCUGAUCUGGCAAAGGACCUUGACAUGAUGCCCAAGGCUCGCCCUCGUCUUCGUAAAAGAGGGGCAGAUUGUCCUCCUCCAUCGGCUCACAGGGAGGGGGGCUCUUCUCCUUCUGGAGAUCUGGUUGGCUUGGAGGAUAAGGAAUCUGUGGAUACAGUGGAAAAGUCUGCUGCGAUAGAGCACCCGCAGGACUUUGACUCUGAAGAGGAUCAGACAGCUGAGGAUCAUCAUUCCUUUGAGAUUAAGAGAAGAUCGCCAGCUGCGGCCACCAGGAAAAAUCGCCAUACCAUGAAAGGGCGUGUGCACCAGGUGAUGGAGGCUUUUGAAGCUGGGCUAGUUAUUGCAAGAGAGGAAGAUGGGGGGGGGGGGGUCAUGGACAGGGGUUCAGAGCUGAAUGAAUAUGGGUCUAAUUUGAUGGACCCUAUCAUGGAGAAUAGGAAGCGUGUGCUGGAUGAAUUGGAAGGGGAUGUGGGGAACCCUCCUACUCCAAAGAAGCAGUUUGUGGAAGCGAUUGAGGAUCUGGAAAAGGUGGAGGAAGCCAGCCUUGAGUGGCCCCCAGAGGAUAAAUGAGGCUUCUCGCCUAGAAUGUGAGAGGAAUUGGGCCGUCCCUCACGUUCCAGUCUGCUUUAGGGCUUGUUCAUUCCAAUAAACCGGAUCUCUUGUUUUUCUCUGAGACGCGAUCGAGCCGCCGUGUAGUGUCCCGGCGUAUGCGGGGUCUAGGUUUUGAUUUUUCCCAUUGUUUUUUUCUAGAUGCAGUCGAUGCAUCAGGAGGUUUAGUAUUUGCUUGGGCCCCCGGAGUUGACACUUCGGUGCUUUGUCAUUCUAAUUUUUAUAUUUGUUCGCAAAUUAAUGAAGGAGAUUUUUCUUA